AAAUGGGCAUUGAUCCUGAAGCCACUUCCGUCUGACCUGAUAAACAAAUCCCCUAGAAACAAAUCUACAAGAAGAAAAACUAGUUCCCUAUACCAGCAUUCGGGAAGGAGGCUUUAAGAGAGAAAACACUGUCUCUGCCGCUGAGCUUAACGUGUAAUUUAUCAAGCACUUGUUGAAAAUAUAAUUGUACAUGAAAAGGAUACUACAUUCUGGGAGCUGGUAAAUCUUCACCUAGCUAGCUUGCAAGAUUCCAAGAACCUUUUCUGAUCAUGUUUCCUUGGUGCAUGCAGCUAUAAAUCCUCAUGCUGCCAAUAAAGAUGCAACAACCAAGUUCUGAUUGUUCUCCAGACCUGGAGAAAGAAACCUGCAUCAACGUGGAUCUUCUAAACAAGGAAAUUGAGCCUCAUAAAGAAAAUGGUGCUUUGUCUGGAAGCAGCAGUCCAGAAGACACCUUUAGUCUCUGUGGAACACAACCAGUAUCAAUUCAUACGGACACCACUACACCGCCGGGUGACCACACUCGAAGACGAGGGUAUACUGAGUCUUCACUUCUGAAGCUUCCUACGGAGGAGUGUACUGGGAGCCAUCACACAGCCUUCCAGUUUGACCGGCAUGCUCUGGCCAGAAUUUCCACUUCUCCAACCUUAAGGCGUUUAAGGAUGGCCUCUGCCUCACAGGCACUGACAUUUCAGGACUCCUCUGAUGCAGCUCAGCUGGGGAAUCAAACAGAAUACACAGGCUCUCUCCACCAUAUUUGUAAAACUCCACCCCGGUGCACUAAGUCUUCUUCACUGUCAUUGCCUGCUUGUGUCUACACAAAACUACUGUAUUCCAAAGCAAAGACAGAGACAACCUUAGCAGAUCCAGAGUCUGCCAACCUCAGAUUAAAGUUACUAAGCCAAGAAGAUCCUCUCAGCAAUGUCACUCCCAAGGAGAUGCUCCAAAAUUCUUGGCGAGCCAACUCUGCUACACUGCCCAGGAGAUUCCCCCGCUUCAGCUGUGUGUCACAGGAGAGUAUCCAGAAGAGUGGAUUGCCAAUACAAAGAUCAGCUGAGCGCAGGCGUAGCUCCGUGGUGGUGAGCUUGCCAGGACUCGAGGUGUUCCCUGGAGACCUCCUGGUGUCAGACAGUGCCUUGGACUACCUGGCCCACACAGCCCUGCUGCUAAAUGCAGAAUCCAAAAAGCCAAGGUGGCCCUUUGCCAAAAGAGGAGUUAGUAAAGACAAACAGAAGCAAGCAUCUGAUCUGGAACACUGUCUUUCAACCAUUAAGGUCAUAGACUGCGACACGUAUGAGUUUUGCUGCUUCAAGAGUAAAUCUUGGCACGAAUUUAUAAAGGCUCAACAAACUGAGCAGAAAGACAUCAACAGCCAACUGCAAGUGAAAAAGGAGGAAGCAGUGUGGGAACUUUUCACAAGUGAAUGCACUUACUUUCUGGAUCAUUUGCUGGUUCUCAAGAUGAUAUUUAUGAACACUCUAAAAUACCUCCAGAGUAAUGAAUUUCUCUUGGAUGUGGAUUUAUGGAGACUUUUUGCAAACUUAGAGGAAUUAAAUAAGAUAAGUCUCAGCUUUGUGGAAAAUUUUUUUGAAACUGUGAAAGAACAUGUCAGUGAGUCAGGAUCACUUACAAAUUUCAUCUCCGUACUCAGAAAGUUUUUCCAGGGUGACCUCUGCCAGACACACCAGAUUUAUUGCCUCAAUUAUACCUCCGCUGUCUUCUACUUGGAAAAGCUGAGACAGAGAGAAGAUUUUGGCAUCUACCUGAAGCAGUGGUGUGAGCAGAAGAAGCAGUGCAGGAGGCUGCACCUGCCGGAGCUGCUGGUGGCUCCUCUGCACCGCCUGACCCGCUAUCCCCUCCUCCUGAACAACAUCUGGAAGAGGAGCACGGACAAAACAGAGAAAGAUUCUAUCUGGUCACUUAAAGAGAAGGUGGAAAAGUCCAUACGGGAUCUGGAAGGUAAAGUCAAGUGGUUGGACAAUUUUCAGAAAUUCAGGCAGCUCCAUGAGGUCAUAAUUUGGCCUCAGGUCUGGGAUCGUGACAAGAGAUUCUUUGUCCCAGAGUGUUUGAAACAAAGCUUGAGAGAGAACAGCAGUGAAAACAUUUUGUCUUCAGCAAGCAGACUUCUUCUUCACGACGGGAGGCUGACACUGGCAGAAAGCACAAGACUUCUUGAUGUCUACCUCUUCCUAUUUGAUGAUUUCCUAUUAAUUACCAAAAUUAAACGUAACAAAAAGAAAUAUGGGGGCUCAGACACAGGUUUAACCCUUGUCUGUCCUUCCCUUGCUCCGGAGCUGCAGUCUUUUGUAAGAGAAGGUGGGUUUUGCCAAGUCUUGGACCAGCCCAUCCCACUGGACAGAUUGAUACUGAAAAAUGUUGACCCCAUCCAUGUAACAGUUCCCAGCCUGCGAAACGCUUUCCUAAUACAGCAUGAAAAUAGGUAUCGGCAGUGCAUAGCGGUCUUUCUGCUACAAGCACAAACAGAGUCUGCCAAGAAAACAUGGAUGUCACAGAUAGAAAGAGCAAUCUCCAAUUACAUGAAGCAACAUGAAACCAAGAAAAACACUCUUCUCUGCUCCCCAGCUGAAUCCUCUGAAAUUUAAUAAUGCCAGCACAGUUCUGACAGAUCCAGCAGAAGACUACUGUGGUAAUAGCACUGUUAUUUCUUCCAACUUGCGUUAACUUUCUGAAACUAACAGGCUUCUGACUCGAUUAAAUAGAAGCGACAAGUUUUGACCACAGGAUGUAGGAAUAAAUUGGAGGGGGAGAAUGAGCCAUACAACAAAUGCAUCACUCUUAGAUGCAUUUUUGCUUCAGCAUGGGGAAGGCUCUUCCCAUCCAGGGAAGUGUUAAUAUGACCUGAUCUUUCCUAAAAAGCAGGACAAGGAAAAUACCUAUGUUGGUGAGAACUCAUUCACCAGAAGCCUAGAGCUCAUACAAACUGUAUUCAUACAUUUCACACAAUCAGAACUGUAGGUAACUCUCUAGCCAUAGCUCCCAUACCUACUGCCUUUCAUCUGUUGCAUUGCACAUUGAAGUUGUGGGAGCAGAUAAGUAAAAGCAUAUAUUGCCUUAAUUCUCCAUUAAUUUUCGCAAGGAGGCUGUUUAGUGCCCUGUUUCUUUGGAAAAGAUCAUUCUUACAUCCAACAUCCAGGUACACUACAGAAGCCACAGAAUACAUAAAAAGAGAGAACAAAAGUGCAGUGAUGCUCUACAUAUAAUGGGGACCUUUUUUCCCUGAAUUUUUUUCACAUUGUUAUUACCAGAUCUGUCAUUAUGUAUUAUUUAUUCUCAGCAAAAUGGAAGUCCAAAGGCUGCACUAUUUCUUCUCUUUUCAACUUCUCUUUAAAAACUUGAACUUCUGCAUUAAACCAUUCAAUACUUCAGUUCUGUGAUCCAUGAAGUAUGCACUUGUUAGUCACUUUUUUUUUUUUAAGAGAUACCAGAAUGGACCCACAGAACAGUCUGCAUCUGCUUACUACAACACUCUCACAGGUUACUACUGAGGGAGGAGAGUGUUCUCACCAGGUUAGCCUUGGCUAAGUGCCUGAAAUUAACCAUAGUCAAGAGAGGAAGGCCGACUCCCCAGAGCCACUCUACAUGAUCCUGCCACAUCUCCUACUUGCCAUGCCCAACAAUAUAAUCUCCCUAAGCAGGGAAGUUAACCGUUAAAAUAGACUUUCAGUGCCAGAAAUGAUUUCAGGAGGAACCAAAUAGGGAAACUACACAGACGAGGAGUAUGCUGAAGGAUUUAGAAGUGCCCUUCCAACUGUUUCCAUAGCUCAUGGUUAAAUCAGCAUGCCUCCUAAUCUCUGCUCUAACAUCGAAGUCAUGAGUUCAAAUGUUGGCCCUAAUCCAGCUCCACCCAUCAGGAUGCAGUGGUGUCUUUUAUCCCCCUGAACUUGUUCACCUCUAUACAUACAGACUCCAGAACAGAGGUUGUAUAUGGACUUACCUGGUUC